CGGGGACAGGGGGAGUGUUCGCGUUGACGUGGGAUAGAUGCUCCCACAAGUUGACCACUACAAACAUGAUGCGAUCGUUACCACUUGAAUCAACAAUAAACUCUGCAUUUACAUUAGGACACCCGGACACAGAAGACAAAAUACAGGCCUUCGCAAGUACAUCAACUACCAACUUUACAAACAAAUUUGAUGUAGACUUGCUACUUACAUUCAGUGACAUGAAAGACAUGGCAAUUAAAGCCAUCAAAUUUCAUUGUCUGACUGAACCACAGACCGCUUCCCCUGUCCCCAACAUGUCAGCUUUUGAUGUUUUGAUGUCUUCAUCUGCACGGAGAAGUUUCCCUGCUGCUAAAACAUCAAGUUCUGGAAUGAAGGAUGGCUUGAAUAACAAAGACGUGCUAUUCAACAAGCUCCUUGACAUGUUUGUUUCAAGGAACUUGGAUUUCCCAAGUGCUGUGGCUGACACUGACGGAACAUAUAUUAUCCAGGUCAUCUGUAAUGCUCUGUGGUAUAUUACAAACCAGCAUAGUGUGAUAAAUAAUGCAUCUGUGAGAAAGAAGGACGUAAAACCCAUACCACCUACCUUUGACGAAGCAUACUCAAACUGCAAUGAUUUUCGCAAGAAAACACGUCAAAAUAGCCAAUUGUCUCAAAGCACUCUGAGAUCACACGGAGAAUCCCUAUACAGUCUACUCCUGAAGCCUGUGAGUAGAAGCUCAGCUGCUUGGUCCGAAGCUGGUAAUGAAAUAAAGGAACUUGCGGACUGUCUCGUUGCUUAUGCUGACCAUCUGAUAAAUCAAGCGACUACUCAAAUCCACAACCAAAGCCAGAUCCAUCCAGUUCGCACAAUUAACGAACAUGCAACAACGGAGCAUCGUCACAAAUUUGCUUUCGGAGUCAGGAUGGCUUAUGAACAGCUCGAUAAAGAUGUGAGAGAAGCUGGAUGCGGCAAUCCCGUCUUCUUUGAUGAAACUAAACAUUUGGAAAUGCCAUUUCAGAACAACGUCGAGAGAUUUCGUUUUUUCACUGCUUUGCAGUUGUCGGUUCCUGUUGACAUAAUUAAAUUCUGUCCAGGAGGGAGUGCCCUCACCACUCUGGUAGUUGUCCAGACACAAGAAAAUCGCACCGAAGCAGAUAUUCUACUUGAAGGAGUAAGGCUUGUUGAGAGAUGCCGACAUCAACUGAAAGAAUUCCACACAAGGGCUCAAAGGAGGGUCUUCAAAUCGAAGCUAGCCAAUGUUGCAAAAGUGGAGCCUUGUGUAGCUGAGAUGAUCUACACUGAACUAUGUAUCGAUGGCAAAAAGGCUUUACACCCAGUCACUCAGCACAGACUGCACUUGAUCUUCCUUGGGGAGCAUGACCUGCUAGCUGAUCUUCGGCAUCUAAAUACUGGGAGACCAUCGAAUAAGUUUGAUGUAUUCUUCGAGCAGUUGGAGAAGAUUGUGGAGCAAAUUACAGCCGCAGAUGAACGUCGGCACAAUAUCGCACAUCUUUCAGAGUGGAUUUCUUUGAAGGAACUGAUCAAAAGAACCUCAGAGCAGUGUCCACCAGGGACUCUUAUCCCAUCAACAACUCUAGUCCGACUCCAGUUCGCACCAAGGAACCCCUACACUCACCGAGCACUUACAUUUACCUCAAAGAUUAAUGUACAGUACAAAAUUCAACGCCGCCAACUCCGAGCAUCCCACCAAGAUGACCAUUACUGUGCUGCUCAGUUUCGAUAUCUUAAAGCAAAGGCAUGUGAGAUGAAAGGUAUUGCACUUCUGCUCUGUUGUGAUGACAAGGCAAAGAUUCCUGUUGGAGAGCCGGGUUGUGCUGUGUCCACUGGUGUAAGAGGGAAGAAAACACUAGCACCCACAUCAACAACACUGAGCAGUAUGGAUCAUGAUAUGACCAAGGCAUCCUUGACGCCAUCUGUUGUGCUGAAAUGUGCCAUUCCAGAUGAUCCAGAGAAAUCUUUUGUCCGAGGCCACGUCACAACAAUAACAAAUGAUUCCGUUUUUCAGACAUCCUCUCCUUUCAGACAUGGAGCUGCCCUAGUAAAGCUUCUAGCACAUGAAGAAGCAUCUGUAGUCUUGAAGUACACAGACGGUGGCACCGAUCAAAGAAAUACACUUGAAAGUGUGAAAUGUGCCACAAUUUGCCUUUUUUUAGCACUUAAUCUAGACAUGAUCAUCUUGGCUCGUUGUGCCCCGGGUCAUAGCUGGAUGAAUCCUGCUGAAAGAAUAAUGUCAAUACUAAAUUUGGCACUACAGAACUGUGCAUUGGAGAGAGAAGCAGGUGAUGCUGCUGCAGAAGCUGAAUUCAAGAAGUGCAACAGCAUGGCUGCAACCAGACGCCUAGCUGAAAGUAAGCCAAACCUGCAGAUACGUGAAAAAUGGGCUGAGGUCAUAUAACCUGUGUGCUCAACAAUCAGAAGCAGGUUUGAACGACUGACUCUAAAAGAUGAAGCAUUUCAAUCGCUUGACCCAAUCUCUGAUGAAGAUAUCAACAUCUUCAAAUGCCAUCUGAGAAAGCAAUUCCCUGAUCUUGACCUGGCCAAGCUGCAGAAGGUGCAUACACAAAAGAAUGUGGCAUACAUGAAAUGGCUGGAUGAGCACUGUCGCUGCAGGCAGUAUACCUUUCAGGUCAGUUUAAUAUUUAAAACGUUAUACAGAUGCUUUAAAUUCCCAAAUAUGUAUUGCAUUCAUGCCAAUCAGAAGCCAAUCAAUGGCCUUAGGUCUUACGUUUUUGGCAUGACUUUAAAUAGAAAAUAAAUUUAAAGAAAUGAAU